AUGCAUAGCUCUCCUGUCCCUAUUGGAAAGAGACCAGAGUUCAAACAAUCCAGCUCUGCGGGUUGGAGCUGGCCACGCCUCGUCCCUAUUCAUGAGCAACAGUCUCGAUCUUCACAAGCGAGUCAACCAUCUGCAUCUCCUUCACUGCGUGACCAUAGCGAGCAAGAGGAGCCCCCAACCCCAAUGAUAUCUACAAUGAUAUCAAAGUUGCAUACCGGAGAAGACGAUCCACCAUCCCCUGUUCUUAGCGCUGCCGGCAGCUCCCCUACUGCUGGAGGAUCUGUCGCUGGAACAAUUAAACACGAACCAGACGAACAUCCUCGUGAUAGCUUAUCACCAAUGGCAGAUUCAGAUAACGAUGAGAGGAGAGCUGCGGGUUCGGAUUCUAUUUCUGUCGAGGACGUAGCCGAGGAGAAAGAGCCAGGUUCACAGCGUGGAUCUGUCGAGGACGUAGCCGAGAUGAGUGCUUCGGCUUCAGAACGCGGAUCUGUCGAGGAUACGACCCAACAGGGUGAUACUGAGCUACCGGUGGGUUAUAAGAAUACACUCACUGAUGUCCCACUCGGGGAGGAAAGGCCUGCGACACCCGUUACAACACCGAUAUCGUCUGUUAUGGACAGAAUCUCCGGUCCGUCCAGCUCGGUCCCCUAUUAUGCGACACCAAAAAUCAUGGUCCAUAGGCCUAGCUCAUCCGAAGCGGAGAACCCAGCUUCGCGUACGAUUGAUGAGGUCCUUUCGACUGAACGCCAGAGCCUGCCUCAGGAAGGAAAUUCUCAGCCCCCUCACUCUACUCAAGACGGCAACCUGACGGAUACACCUCCGAUGCAAUCCAUGUCUCUAAGGCCCAUCGCAUGGCAGGCUUCCGAAGACCAAAGGGUCAAAAAACGGAAGCUGUACCUUCGAAAAUUUAGGAACGCUGUUGCGAGGAAGACGAUCCUUAAAGCUACCUUAGGACGACAGUUGGCUAUUCCCACGAAGCAAAUGCUGAGACUAUUGGCUAACGGGGAGAACAUGACGGUUCCUGACCUCUCAAAACCCGGCGUAGAAGCUGCCACAAUGUUGGUUCCGCAGGAAGCUGUAGGGUCCGUCACGGGAGCUGUAUUGCUUCCCCAAGGUGUUGCGGGUGCUGUGUCUGACAAUUGA